CUGCAUUGCUGAUCCUGCAGUCCUUGCGGCCCAGCGCAGCGGCAGCGUGGCUGACUCCCCUUUCCCCGCAGUCCUCACCUGCCUCCUGCUGGCCCUCUUUGCCUCCGGCCUCAUCCAUCGGGUCUGCGUCACCACCUGCCUCAUCUUCUCCAUGGUCGGCCUUUAUUACAUCAACAAAAUCUCCUCCACGCUCUACCAGGCCGCGGCGCCCGCUGCCGUCCCCACCAAAGCUGUUGGCAAAGGCAGGAAGAGGAAUUGACGGCCGUGCCGGGGCAGCUCCCGGCUCCGAGCCAGCAGUAAAGCCGCUCCUUUGCAA